GCAGAAGGGAAGGUUACACCGGUUCCAAGCAGCAGGUCACAGCUCUGGGGCAGUUAAUGAGGGUUAGGACAUACAUAAAUAGGGUGGCAGCAGGUUGGUCCUUCUCUCUGGUCCUGGCCCUGAUCUCCGGCUACACAGCAGAGUUUUUGAAGAUGUCGGCAGAUAUACCAUUAAAUAUUAAUAUCAAGGAGCCCCGAUGGGAUCAAAGCACUUUCAUUGGACGAGCCAGUCACUUCUUCACUGUAACAGACCCCCGAAAUAUUUUGCUAUCUGAUGCCCAGCUGGAAAAUGCAAGAAAAAUCGUGCAUGAUUAUAGACAAGGUAUUGUGGCACCUGGAUUGACUGAAAAUGAACUGUGGAGAGCAAAGUAUAUCUAUGAUUCAGCCUUUCAUCCAGACACUGGCGAAAAGAUGGUCUUGAUUGGCCGAAUGUCAGCUCAGGUACCCAUGAACAUGACUAUCACAGGUUGUAUGAUGACCUUUUAUAGAACGACACCAGCAGUGGUUUUCUGGCAGUGGAUUAACCAGUCCUUCAAUGCUAUAGUAAAUUAUACAAACAGGAGCGGUGAUGCCCCAAUUACUGUCAGCCAGCUGGGAACAGCCUAUGUUUCUGCUACCACAGGUGCUGUUGCAACAGCCUUAGGACUUAAUGCACUAACAAAGCAUGUCUCACCUCUUAUAGGACGGUUUGUUCCUUUUGCUGCUGUUGCUGCUGCUAACUGCAUUAAUAUUCCACUAAUGAGACAAAGGGAACUCAAGUUUGGAAUCCCCAUCACAGAUGAGAAUGGAAACAGACUGGGUGAAUCAACAAAAGCAGCUCAGCAGGCAAUUACUCAGGUGGUUAUAUCAAGGAUCCUUAUGGCUGCUCCUGGCAUGGCAAUUCCUCCCUUUAUAAUGAACACACUGGAAAAGAGAGCGUUUUUAAAGAUCAGCAAAAAUGAGCCAUUUCUUCAGUGACUGCUCAGUGGUCUUUGGUACCAUCAUGACUGUUCAUGCUCACCUGUUGCUCCCCCUCAGCCUCAAAGACUGAGCAGAGGCGAAACGCUGCUCUACAGGUCAUCAGUGGUAACACUUGGUAGAGAUUAGCAUUAAAGCCUUUAAGGAGUGAGCUGCAUUUCUAACAAGCAGCUUCUGCACAUUCUCCUGAGGUUUCAGAAGCACCAUCCCAUUUGCAGUAUUGCAAUACCAUCCACACGAGCUUUACUAACUCAUUUUUCUUAGUCUUUGCUUUGCGUGUCAUCAGCACUCUUGGAAAAAAACUACUUGUAAGCUUGCCAAAGCCUAUCAAAGCAACGUGCAGGGCCAGAAAAGUCAAAAGUCUGUUAAAUGAGGAGCAUAGAACGAUGUUCUGCAGUAAGAUAGAGAGAGGUAAAUACUUCUGGACUGCUGGUCUCAGUGAUAGCAGUGAGCCAUCCUUUCUUCUUUAGAAUAAGAUGUAGGUUCUGUAGUACUACUCCAUUUUCUGACAUAGUUUUGCAUGAGGAUAUUUCACUUAUAGCACUAAUAUAGCUUACAGUAUUCCCAAAAGUUAUUGCUAGAAAAUGAUUCAAAAACAUUUUUAAAACACAAACUUGCUGGUUCAAGAAGAAUCCUAAUUCUUGACCAGAAAACUAAAAAUUUGGUUUUAUGUAUAUGCUGCUUUUGCUUUUGAUUUCAGCAGUUGCUUUGACUGCACUUUGAGGAAUUAAGCAAUGCAGUGACUACUGAUGGUGAGGCUGUAUGCUGCCUGUAAACUGCACAUAUUGGCUAGCUCCACAUGGAACCAAAUCAUUAUUAUAUUUGCUGCAACAGAAGGAUCCAUUAGGAACCCUGCUCUAAGGGACAGGGUUUAUCGAUUUGUUUAGUCACAGAUAACCUUUCCCCAUGGGAAAUAAAACAUAUACAUGUUUCAUAGAAACGUCUGAAAAUCCCGAGGGAAACUGAAGCUUUAAAUUAGAUUGCUACUCUCACACCCUCAGCAACUGUUUCUCUCUGGUUCUGCAUACUAUAUUGAUUCCAGAAACUUCCUCUUAUGCCUUUAAAACAAACUUCUUCAAGUCUCUUAGUUUGUAACUAACAUGCAUAUUCAAAGCUCUUACAAAACUAGAACAGAGCCUUUUCUUCUUUCAGAUAUCAUUCUUGAAUGUCUUACGCCUUAGAUCGUUCCACGCUUUCCUUCUUUAGCUGUUGUUUCAUUUAGUCAUGUUCUUGUGAACAGGCGUAGCUACCCUGAGAGCUGGCACAGUUGGGGAUCGAGCAGUAAAAUAAGCAGGAAAAAUCUGAUUUGGGCUUUUGUUUGUUUGCUCCAUUUCUCCAUUUUGUUUGCUAUUGUUUCUCCACUUUCUCUUUGCACUAACUGCCAAAGAUGCCUCGAAGUCAUCUGGAAUUUAAAUCCUAAUUCAUCUGAAAUUGCCUUCUUUCCUAUUUAAAUACAUCUUUUAACAGACUAAAUUCUUUUGCCAUCUUGUACUUCUCUAUUUUGCCUUUGUAAGGACGUGCAGCCUGCAUUUGAGACCUGCUUUAUCAUUUUAAAUCAUUCUCUAGGCAGUCAGUGACCUUCUAGUGUCAGUGUUUUACCAUCGCCCUUAAUUAGUGCCACCUGGUAAAACUCUUGGAAAAUUAAAAGCUAUAAUUCAGAUCAAGCACCUUGGCAAAACUUGUUCCUGCAAAUAGCUGUUAGUAUUGUCUAUGUUCAGAGACACUUCUCUUUUUCAGAAUAAUGACCAACUCAGGUGAAGGCUUGAAACCAAUAUCUGUUACUAUCGUGGUGCCCUUUAAGUCUUUUCAGUUAUAGAAGUGUUUGGGGCUUUUCUUCUACAUAUCUUCCACUGCAGUUCUCAGCAUCCCUCUCCUUUAAUUCUCCCUGUAUACAGGAGCCAGUUGCUGUACCGAGUUUUUGUGUUCCCAGCUAAGCAUAGGAUGAUGACUUUGGUAACUGCUGUCCCUCACCUGUGAGCUGUGACUCCCACAGUCCAAUUUCUGAUCUUCCCCUGUCAGCCAUGGAGUCUCUUGCCAUCGGAAUUCUCCCAGUAUAUAAAAUUUAAAGCAUUUUGAGUGAAUUUAUUUCAAGAGAGAGUCAAAGGCGUACUUAGUGGAUUGUCAGAACAAUGGAGCACAGCUGAAUUCAGUCUUUACCCUUCUUACUGUUGCUUUUUCCAUCUAUUAUCUAUUGUUGCAGGUUAUUGCUGAAUUGUGCAGUUCUUUCUGUAUUCAUUUCUGGAUUACAGGUUAACACCAGGAAGAAGAAGAAAAGAGGAACAGUGUUCUACAUCAUUUCUUUCUCUCAGGCUCUGGAGAAAGCUUCAUACAAGGCUUGGUUACCACUGCUUAGACCUUACUUAGCACCAGCUUUAUCACACUGAGUUUUCUGAAUUUCCUUCUUCUAUCUCACCUGUCAAAUACUGCCUGUCUUUUGUUCACUGGUUUCUCCUGUAAUUUCUACAUCUUGAAUAAUGCCUCUUGCAGAAAAACAUCACCACUGUUGAGAAUAUCGCCCACCAUAACACUUUCUUACUCAUUAGCUCAUUUGUUUAAAAAUCAGCUUCCUGCUAUCAUAUCAUUUGUGGUGUACAUUCUGCUUAUUAAAGACACUGAUUUUACUGUAACAAAACAGAAAAAGCUCUGCAUAGAAAUGAUAUUUUACCAGAUCUGGUUUUAUUUCAUUAGCAAUUUCAACUAGAAUUCUAACCUGGGCUGGGGGAGGGGAUUCCUAAACCAUCCAAAGACCCAUAAGAAAACUAUGCUAUUUCUUGGUGUAUGUUCAAGUUUUGCAGGAGUUUCAGUACUGUAGGGUAUGCUAUAAAGAAAAAGAGUCUAUAUAUUGUGGGGUGCUUUCUCAGCUUUGUCCCUUUAGUCCCUCUAGUUUUUUUCCUUAAGAGAUGAACACUUGCAGAACUGGACUGUAUUGGGCUGUGUGCUUAACGGUUAAAUUCCUACUCAUCAAAUCAUACCAUAAGACAGGAGGAAGGGCUAUCAAUUCCUUGAUAUCUCCCUUAUUUUUGGUUGGCAGGUACAAUGGGCUGUUGCCCACAAAGCAAAGUUGCAAUUGUGAGUCAAAGCCAGUUGAUGGAAUGGAGGAGAGAGCUACAGCCAAAUUUCCCUGUGCCCUCAGGAGGUCUGCCAGUGCAUUCCAGCAGCACCACUCCCAACUUGCUAGCUAUUGUGGGCUUACAUGACUCACAGAGGUUCAGGUCAGGAUCAGUUCAUAAGUAAAACAGUCGGUCACCUACUGUAGUUUCUAAGGGACACUCAGAAUAAGUGUACGCUGAUAGCAAGAAAGCUCUGAUACUUGGAAGAUGUUGGAAUAAGGCUUUCAAACCAUAGCCCAAGCUUAAGGUAUGCUGGUAAUUGUUUUACAUGACGAAAGGAAAACGGACUUUUUUAGGUGCAGGUUGUCCCUUCCAAUGCAAGUUUCCGUGGUGGGAAGAGGAAUAAAAGGAUGCCCUACUCACUGUGUAUAUUUUAUUUU